GAUUAUUUUUUUUCUCUCUAAGAAUUAUUAUCAUCAAUGGCUAUCAAACCAACAAAAAGUGAAAAAAAGGUUAUGUAUGACCAAAAGUUAUGCAAAUAUUUAGACUCUUACAAUCAAAUAUUGAUCGUAAAUGCCGAUAAUGUUGGUUCUAGUCAAAUGCAAGGGAUUCGUAAGGGUCUCCGAGGUGAUUCUGUCGUACUUAUGGGAAAAAAUACUAUGAUGAAAAGGUCCGUUAGGAUCCAUGCUGGAAAUACCGGAAACGAUGCAUUCCUUAAUCUUAUUCCUCUUCUUGUCGGCAAUGUUGGUUUGAUCUUCACUAAGGGUGAUUUGAAGGAGAUAAAGGAAGAAGUUGCAAAAUACAAGGUGGGAGCUCCUGCACGCGUUGGAUUAAUUGCACCAGUUGAUGUGAUUGUUCCUCCCGGCAAUACUGGCCUUGAUCCUUCUCAAACAUCCUUCUUUCAGGUACUCAACAUUGCCACAAAGAUCAAUAAGGGAACAGUUGAAAUCAUUACCCCAGUUGAACUAAUCAAGAAGGGUGACAAAGUGGGCUCAUCAGAAGCAGCCCUUUUAUCAAAACUUGGAAUAAGGCCUUUUUCUUAUGGGCUUGUUGUUAUUUCUGUUUAUGAUAAUGGAUCAGUUUUUAGCCCACAAGUAUUGGACUUAACUGAUGAAGACCUUGUUGAAAAAUUUGCUGCUGGUGUUACAAUGAUCACCACUUUAUCUUUGGCUAUUUCUUACCCAACACUUGCUGCUGCACCACACAUGAUUGUUAAUGGUUAUAAGAAUGUUUUGGGUGUUGCUGUUGUGACUGAGUAUACAUAUCCACAAGCUCAACAAGUCAAAGAAUAUCUCAAGGAUCCUAGUAAGUUUGCCGUUGCAAUUGCUGUGGUUGCUGAGUCUGCUACAACUUCUCAAGGUAUCGUUGAGACUGAAGAUAAGAAGGAAGAAGAAGCGGAAUCUGAAGAGGAUGAUGCUAUGUUUGGUCUUUUCGAUGAUUAAUUCAAUUAAUUUUUUUUAUAGUUUAGUAUCGCAAAAACAAUUAUUUUUACAUAUUUUUGUUCUUUAACUAUAUUUACUUGUUAUGUUAUGGACUACAAUAUUGUUUACGUU